AUGAAGGCAAUCCUAAUUGUAUCCCUGUCCUUCCUCCCCCUCCUUGCUUUUCUCACCAAUGCUACCAUAAAAAAUGCUGAUCAAGUUAUUGACGUAUAUGGGAACGGUGUUUUUCCAGGUAUCUCAUAUUACAUCCUGCCAGCAGUCCCUGCUCCAGUUAAUCCACCGGAUAAUGGUGGAUUGAAACUUGCUAAAACUGGGAACUCAAACUGUGCUCUCACUGUUCUGCAUGAUAAUUCAAAGCUUGGCUUCCCUGUGAAGUUUAUCUUGCCUGGAAUCAGCCUUAUUGAAAUCUAUAUAGGUAGUCCACUAGAAAUCAAGUUCAAAGAUAGUCCACAGUGUGCAAAAUCCCCCAAGUGGAUGGUGUUUGUGGAUAAAGAACUCAACGAGACAUUUGUGGGAAUUGGUGGUGCCGAAGGGCAUCCAGGACAACAAAUAUUUGAUGGCACCUUUCACGUUGAGAUUUACAAUUUUUGGUACAAGCUUGUGUUCUGCCAGACUAACUCAACAACUUGUUCUGAUAUUGGGAUGUUUCAUCCACUGAAAGGUGAGGAUGGAAGACGCUUGUAUCUCACAAAGAAUAAACCCUUCAACGUUAUGUUUCUUAAUGCUACUCAUUAG